AUGGCAUUGGAAUCUAAAUGGGCUCGUGAAAUGGUGCCAUGGGAUGAUUACACAUGCAGUGAAGCUGCAAGAAAUGGCCGUUUGGAGAUCCUGAAAUGGGCUCGUGAGAAUGGAUGCCCAUGGGAUGAUUACACAUGCAGUCAAGCUGCCGGACGUGGUCACCUAGAAGUUUUGAAAUGGGCUCGUGAGAAUGGAUGCCCUUGGAAUGAGAGAACAUGCAGUGAAGCUGCAAAAACUGGCCAUUUGGAGAUCCUGAAAUGGGCUCGUGAGAAUGGAUGCCCAUGGAAUGAUUACACAUGCAGGUGGGCUGCUGCAGGUGGUCACCUAGAAGUUUUGAAAUGGGCUCGUGCCAAUGGGUGCCCAUAG